CUAAAAAAAAAAAUAAAUUCUCGUGUUAUACUGUAGCAUAAUUGUCCGUCCAAUAAAUCUCUGCGAUUCUCGCAUAAGAUACUGUCGGCUCGAGCUUUGCUCGGACACGUGGUGCUUGUAUACCAGACCACCGUGUGUUCGCCGAUCCCAUUCAUUAUCGGCUGGAGAGGAGAGCUGCUGCUGUUCUCUCGAGGCUCAGAGCCUGAGCAGCGACCCCCGAGAUUCCUUGCUUCUCCGGUUGGAGGCUCCGAGGAAAGCUGAGCUGGUGGUGGCGCUGCCGGAGCUCCUCCAUGGACAGGGGAGGCGCGUUCUGGUUCGGUAGAUCUGGCGUCGGUGCCGACAAGCUCGUCCCGAUAAUCGACCCGGUAAUGCUCAGAUUCCGGCCGAUAGCGCCGAAACCGGCCGCGGGCGGACCGGUAUCCGGCGCCGGUGACCUCCCGGAGAGCAGGAGCUGGCUCGCCGUGAAGAGGAGGGUGAAGAGGAGGUACGUUAGGGUUCGGAAGAAUAAUAGCCAGUGCAAGAGGAGGAGCAGGUCGCAGGGCGGAGGUCGCCGUCGCGGGAAGCCCGUAUUGACCCUCCAGCUCCUGCCGGAGAAAGCCGAGCCGCGGGAGUCGAUGGCCUCCGGCGUUCCCCUGGAUCUCGUUCCGAUGAUAAUAACCCCGAGGGAAUUUUCCCAGCCAGAUCGCGAAAGGCCCUUGAAGUUCAACGUGGACGGCGAGAACUCGUGGGAUCCGACGGUGGUGAACCCGCUCACGCGAGCCGUCGCCGUGUCAUGGCUGACGGUGGAGAGGGUCGGCGUCGAUCCGUGCAUGGGAGCGGUCGGAGAAUUCUUUCCAGGGAGCACGGACGACGAGAAGAUAAAGAAUCUCCGGUCCGACACGUGUCCCGUUCUGGUGUCGGACUUCCAGAACCGGGUUCAUUGGGUGAACGACGCGUACGUCUGGUUCGCGAGUGGCCAGAAUAGAGGAGAAGUCGAGCACGAUCCCCAUCGGCCGCCACCGGAGAUCGAGGUGAGGCUGGUGGCGAAGGAAAGGCUGCCGACUUGGCAGCGGGCCUUCACGUGCCAGGUGACAUGGCGGGACGAGCGGUGGACGAGGGCGAGGACCGUGCCCUGCGACGUGUGGAGGCUGGACGGGUUUGGAGGGUUUGCAUGGAGACUCGACGUGAAGGCCGCUCUCGGCUUAGCGUUUUGAAAUGAAUAUCGCAGAGAACAAAACCCUCCGUAAAGGGGGUCACUUCAAGCUCAGUGAGGUGUGUGUUCGACAGAGAUUGAAGCUGAAAAAGAUCAGUCGAACACGGAACAAUGUAGAGUCCGAAGCUUGGAGACUGGAGGGAACUCGGUCUAAAGCUUAUAGCCUCAAAAACAAUGCUGUGGUUUUAUGUACCUGUAGAAAGAUGAAAAUGGUGGCAAAAUAUAUCUAUUUGGUAAAGUCUCGUAUGUAGUGAUAUACAUUCGGGAAAUCUGGAAAGAUCAGAUGUUUCUGAUGAAACUGAUGUCAGAUUCUAGCCAUGGCAACGAACUAAUCUUGCCAAUGCCUUGUAUAUUAAUUGUAAUGUGUGCUUUGUGGUAAGUGAAAAGGCAGGAGUUGUUUGUGCCAGCUAAAA